AUGGAGUAUUGUCGUGUUUCACUUUAUGAUUAUAUACUAAAAAAUCCUCUCAAACCAAAAGAUGCUAGAUAUGUUAUGAAAGAAAUAAUAAAUGGCAUAGAAGAACUUCAUAAAUUAGGUUUAGCUCAUAGAGACAUCAAACCAGAAAACAUACUUAUUUUUGAAUUAGAAGAUCAAGGUAGAAUUCAAGAAAUAUAUAAAAUUUGUGAUUUUGGAACGACCAAAGAGUUUGAUAAAUUGGUAACUAAACAAGUUGGAACUCCUUAUUACUUAGCUCCAGAAUAAAUCUAAAAUAAUUAAUAGGAAUUGUAUUCAGAAAGUAUCGAUAUUUGGGCAUUUGGAUCUGUCAUGUAUGAAUUAUUUACAAGAACUCCACUUUUUAAUGGUAUUUUUUUAUUUUAUUUUUUAAGGUAAUACUGCCAUUGAAAUUUAUGAUAAAAUUAUGAAUCUCAAUAUAAAUGAAAAAAUAGAUAGUUUAAUUGAUCUUGAUUUUAAAUACAAAUAAUUGCUUAAGUAAAUGCUAAAUAGAAAUCCCCAAUAUAGAAUUAAGAUCUAAGAAAUAAAGAAUUUAGUUAACGAAGUAAAAUCUAUUAGUGUUGAUAAAAAACCAAAAGUCAAUAUUGACAAUACCUUUUUCAAAGAGUAAAAGUUGAAAUUGAAACCUCCAACUUAAGUUAAUUAGUC